AUGGCUUCGAUCGAGAGAGGCAAAAGAAAAUAUCCCACAUCUAUUACUGAUAGCACCAGUACAAACGAUAACGAGAAUGCAAAGAAAUUGCUCAAACAUGCAAAUUCCAAUUUCGUUAACCAAACCAAUUCCAAAUGGUUGGGCUUGCCCAACGAAUUAUUGAAUGCCAUCUUGAGAAAGUUAGAUAUCGUUAGCUUGUACAAAUUCUCCACGAUUUGCAAAAACUGGCGAUAUUAUAUCAAUUCCACUUAUCUUGCUCAUGAGUUUAUGUUCAAUCGAAAUGGUAUAUAUCUUCGUCCAGAUUCAUACGAUUGCUUUACCAAAAACUACGAAUUCUUUGAGAAAUUAAUAAACCCGAAAUUUAAUGCUAAUAUUUUUAAUUUUUUAUUACUUAGAAUAAAACUAAAUUUUUUAAAUUACCAAAUUGACGAUGAUCCCAUCAAGAUUUUUUUCAAAUUCAGUUGUUUUUUUAAACAAGAACUUUACAAUAAAGACUACUUGUUUUGGCCGAUAAAUAAUAAACUAUUAUCAAAUCAUUCAAUCGACUAUUCUCCAAUUCAAAAUCAAAGUCGAAGUUUCUCGUCUCCAAAUAGUUCAAACUCUACAAAUACUAAUAUUCAAAACUCAACUUUUAAUGUCAAUCAUUUUAAUAAUUCAAAUACCGCCAUCAAUAAUAACAAUAACAAUAACAAUAACAAUGGUAAUAGUAAUAACACCAAUAUAAUAGAUCCUGUAACUUUCUCUUAUCAUGCUAAAAAUGACAACGCCUUUUUAUCUUACAAAAAUAUUUUAGAUAAUGGCAAUUCAAAUUUUCUUUUAAUCUCCUUCAAUAUAAACUCCUCAAAUAUUUAUGUUUUAAAAUUAAAUAAUAAUAAUAUUUCAACUUGCUGGCCUGUUAAUAAUAUUAAUCGCCCUUACAAUAAUUUUACUGACUUGAAUUUAUUUUUACCCUUUUCACUAGAUUUUCUAAAAUCAAAAUUUUCAUCUUCUAGUAAUGUUAAUGAUAGCAUUAAUAAUGACACUCUUAAUAUUAAAAAUACCGACAAUUAUGUCUCUUGUUUAUAUGAUUUAUCAAAUCUUACAAAAGAUAAUAUCAAUAAAAACGAUCAAUUUUCACUAAAAUCAAUUCAAAAGUCAUUCAAGUAUUUUAUAAGAUCAAAUAAACAAAUCACAAAUACUUCAGUCUCAAUUUGUAAUCAAAAUUUGGUCAUUGCUAAUUAUGGAUUAAUAGAAAUAUAUAAAUUACCAAAUUUACUCUCAGCUGAAAAUAAUAACUCAAAUUAUCCAAUUGAAUUAAACUUAUCAAAUUUAAUCUACAAUCAACAGUUCCCAUCAAAAAUCGAAUUCCUAAAAUUGUCAAAGGACUCAAAAAUUUUGUUUUUAAGAUUUAAAAGAUUAGGCGGCUUAGUUUUAAUCAAUUUAACAUCAAGCCAAAAUAAAAAAGACGAAAGAUUAUUUGAAAAUAGUCAAAUUGAAAUUCCUCAUUAUAGAUUGGACUUUAGAAUGAAGACUUAUUUUGAUGACCAAGUAUUAAUCCUAUCGGGUUUCAAUGAAUGCUUGAUAUAUGAUACAAGAUCUGUCACUUUAGAAAUGUUACAAGAUGAAUUUGGUGAUAUAAAUUCAUCUAGAUCAGAUCUCCUAUGGUUAAAAUUUAGCUAUUUAAUCUCUAAUGAUUUAUCGAAAUCAACUGAUGUUGACAACAUAAUUCCCUUACAAGCCCCUGGCACUUUUUUUUGUUCUUAUAAUAUUCCAAAUCAAGUAGGUAUUUCUUGUUAUUCUAUCUUCAUUGACAAAAAAAUUUUAAUGAAAAAUAUUGAAAAUGAUUUUGUUUUUAAACAAACCUUACCAAUUCCCAUUCUUGGUUCUGCUAGUUUUAUAUUUAAUAACUCUAUUAAUAAUUCUUUAAAUAGUCCUUCAAGUUAUCCUCCAAAUAAUCAUAUAAAUAAUCCAUGGGGUUCUAGUGACGAAGAUGAAGAUGAAAAUGAUAAUAACCAAUCAAAGUUUUUUAUUAUUCCAAUUAUCAAUUCAAUUUUACAAAGAGAUUUUUCAACUUUUAACACAAAUAAUUCUGGAACAAAAUUGGCUAUUGUUUUUAAACAUCUAAUCAGUUAUGGGCCUUUAGCUCCACCUGAUGUUAGUAAUUCAAAUGAAAGACUAGAAGCAAGACUAAUUACUAUCAAUAAUGAGUCUAUCAAUCGAAGCAGUAAUAAUAUAAAUAGACAAAACCAGUCAGGUUAUCCUUUGUCAACUUAUCAUGUUUUUUUACUUCCAACCUCUCUUUCAGCUUUAAUGACACUUCAAGUACUUGAAACUCAACAGCCCAAUAUUUGCAAUAUCAAUCAUUAUGAUAUCGUUAAAAUUAGAAAUUCUAGCGAUUACAGUAAAAUUUAUGCAAGUAAAUUAAAAAGAUUAGCAAACAUAAAAGAUUAUUCACUUAAAAUUAAGGAUUUAUCAAACUUCAAAUAUUUUGAAAUCCAAUUACCAUCAGAUGCCAAGUUGUAUGAUGUAAAAUUUUUAAAUAAUGAUACUGAACUUGGGUUUUUCUGGGACGAUGAAUGCCAUCUAUACAAAUUGAAUAAACUAGUUUGA